AAUAAGCGGGUGUCGGUCGGAUGUAUCAUGUAUCAUUCAGUAAUGGACUAAUGCUACGGUUUAUUUCUCGAAUAUUCAAAUAACAGAGAUGCAAGCACCGAAUGGACUGAGGGAAGCUCCUUCCAGUCAAUCGCGCCAGACCAAUUCACGACAGCCCCCUUCAGGCCAGUCCACGCCGCAGAGCUUGCUAAAAAAGAGUGGCGAAGAGAACUGCUCACCUCUAGAAAGCGCCUGUGUUAACAUAGGCCCCAUAGGAGAACAAGAUGACUUGCAAGGGAUAUCCGAAAUAUGGAACAUUCCAAGAGAAACUAAGACAAAGGAAAACAAGUCUUUGAAGUGCGAUGACACAUUUUUGAAAAUGUGCAGAAUUGUGCUCUUUUUUGUGUUGACGCUAUUGCUGGUUUCAUGCGGCAUAUUGCACAAGCUUUAUUUCUUGACCCUUCUGAAUAAUCUCUCUCAGUCUAAAGUUGAAAACAACAAAAGGCGAGCAAUUUCAAUUCUCGUUUGUAUUGCAUGUUUUGAAUUCUUCACAUCUCUAAUAACUCUUUGGAGAAUAGUUUUCCAUGAUCAGAAGACAAACUGGACAAAACAUCACAUAGCGACCGCUAUCCUGCAGGUCGUGACCACUAUCGGAGAGAUAUAUUUGAUCAUGUAUGCCCUUCCAUUACUGGACAGUUUAAGGGCAUGUUUAGUUCUAACAACACUACCAAUUAUUCCAAGCAUCUGCCAGUUCCUGACUACAAUUGGUCGGCUAAAAAGCAAGGGAUGCAUAAGAAAAGGUUUUUUUAUAAAACUUUGUGUAGCUGGUUUCCCGGUUUUGGCACUGGCAGGGAGUGUUUUCGUUUACAUGAAGUGGCUAUUACCAUUUGAUAGAAACCUAAAAUGGUUGUUACCAACACUUUUGGUGUUUAAGUCAACAUGCUAUUUGGAUACUUUCCUUUUCUUAAGAAGGAGAACUGCAAAUUCUACACAAGAAACAACAGGGGAGUCAGAUUCCCAUUCGGAUACAAGUGAAGCUAAGAUAGAAGAGAAACAGUACAAAACCGAACAUAAACCAGAAUUUAUACGAUUAACUGUUCGUUGGUUCACAUGCUUAAUCUUUAUCAUUUCGAUAGUGUUGAAUUUAGAUGUAAAACUACUCGAAACAAAUUCAAAUCCAGUACAACAAUAUGAUAAUGAAAAAGAGACAUCGUAUUCGACGAAUGAUUUUUACCAAACAAUUUUCAAUCAUUUGAUGGAGUUUUAUGAUACGUAUAAGUUUGAAAUUAAAAUAAUGACAUGCUCAUUUGCAAUUUCACAAUUGGCUUCGCUUGCCUGUCGACUGUCAAUGCAGCAAUUUUCAUUUGCGUUGCCACUCAUUCUCACCCCGCCGUUAUCGACAAUUGCUGUUGUUAGACUUUCGUGCAAUAACUUUCUUGAAAGUACCCAGUACAAGGUCGGAAUAAAUCUGACAUGUUCUAUGCCUGAAGACGAUCAGUUGAAGUUGUUCAUCGCGAGUGAGGCUUUGGCUUGGAUUGCUGUUAUCACCUUAACGUGGUACAUUUGGGUUCCUCGGGUCGAAAGAAUGGCAAAACUGGAAAGGUUGUUUUCUGGCAGUAUUUAUGAUUUUUUCUUCCCCGAUUUGAACAUGCUCCUUCGACGGAGAAAUGACCAUGAAAUUGGAGAGCUACAUACCGAUAGUGUACGAUCGAAUGAUGAUGUUCCAAAAGUCAUCAUCUGCGUAACAAUGUGGCACGAAACAUGCAAAGAAAUGUGUCAGCUGCUUAAGUCUAUUUGCAGAUUAGAUCUGCAUUUAUCAAUUCGAGAGGAAGCCGACCACGUAAAAGAGGACGGAAACGGGGCAGACGGCGAGACACAAGACGCCGAAAAGAAAACACAAGACCCUGAUAAAAUUAACAUUGAGGUUCAAAUAGUAUUUGACGAUGCAUUUUGCUCAACAAAAAACGGUCGUGAGGUUAAUGAAUAUUUGCUCCAGUUUAUGUCAUGUUUGCAAAAGGCGGUUGGCUCCGUGUUGAAAGACAAUGAGCUCUUGAACUGGAAUAAAACAUUCCAAAAGAAAAUGACCCAGACACCUUAUGGCGGACAACUCAUGAUACAACUCCCAGGCGGUACACAGAUGAUGGUGCAUUUGAAGGAUAAGAAAAAGAUAAGGGCCAGAAAACGAUGGUCCCAGGUGAUGUACAUGUACUAUUGUUUGCUGUACAAAAUGGGAAAGACGUAUCCAGAUACGAUCAAAGACGAGCUGAAGAAAACAUUCAUUCUAACCCUUGACGGUGAUGUAGACUUUGAACCGAAGUCAGUCCUACGGAUGAUGGAUCGAAUGAAGAUGAACAGCCGUGUCGCAGCAGUUUGUGGCAGAAUUCAUCCUAUAGGAUCAGGUCCAAUGGUGUGGUACCAACAGUUCGAAUAUGCUGUCGGCCACUGGCUUCAAAAGGCAUGCGAACAUAUCUUUGGUUCUGUGCUAUGUUGCCCUGGAUGCUUUUCUAUAUUUCGAGCAUCUGCCCUCGUUGACGAUAACGUCUUGAAAACGUACACUAAAGAGCCAGAGGAGGGAAAACACCUUGUGCAGUUUGAACAAGGCGAAGAUAGAUGGCUUUGCACUCUUCUCAUUAAACGAGGAUACAAGAUAGAUUACUGCGCAGCCUCAGAUGCAAAAACGUUUGCGCCAGAUAACUUUUGGGACUUUUUUGUACAAAGACGGCGCUGGUCACCAUCAACAAUGGCAAAUAUGAUGGACUUGGUUCUUUCUUGGAAACAAAUAGUCGAAUACAACAGAGAAAUCAACCAUUUCUUUAUGCUAUAUCAAUUGGUGCUGGUUAUAACAAGUGUGUUAGCUCCUGGAAUUGUCCUUGUUAUGAUAGCAGGGUCAUUUAGUUCAGUAUUGAGCCUACCGCCAUGGCAUGCCUUUUUCGUAGCCGUGACUCCGGUAGUUUUGUUCGCAGUUUUAUGUCUGGCAGUAACUCAGAAAAAGCAACUCCUUGUGGCCGCAAUACUAAGCACAGCAUAUACGUUUGUAAUGGUUAUUGUGACCAUCGGCAUGAUUUUAAACAUUGUGAGCGAGACAGUUCUUUCUCCUACCGUGAUUUUCCUUAUAUUUGUCGGUCUAGUAUUCUUGAUAUCAGCUUUGCUUCACCCUCAAGAGUUCACAUGUUUGUUUCCUGGCUUGCUAUAUUACGUUUCUGUGCCUUCAACAUAUAUUUUUCUGACCGUAUUUUAUAUGUGCAAUUUGCAUGACAUCAGUUGGGGUACUCGAGAAUCCAAAUCUCCAUCAUCCCAAUCGGAAGGAGACAGUGGAAAUAAGAAAUCGCUUAUGCGUUUGCUUCUCACUCUUGUUCAACAUUUCCUGCAAGAAAAAAUCGCUGAAAUUAACUCCAAUGGUUCAAUUUUGGACCAGAUUGAGAGACAACAAAGCGAACAACAAGGGGAAAUGAUAAAUUAUGCAGACGAUUGCUACUGGAUAAAAACACAAAUAACAGACUCAAAUCAAAAAUUUAAAAAAUACAUACUCAACAAAGAUGAGAAAACAUUUUGGACGUAUACAAUUAACAAAUACCUGAAGCCACUUGAAAGCAAUAAGAAACUUCAAGAAAAAUUUAAUCGUGAAUUAAUUUCGUUGAGGAACAACUGCGUGUACGGUUUCUUUAUCGUGAACUUUAUGCUCUCAUUAGCACUGUUGCAAUUACAAGUAAGCAAGGAAAGUUUAGAUGGGUUUUAUAUCGCGGGAAAAUAUGAACCAUUAUCAGUACUUUUCCUGUCUAUUUUUGCAAUUUUACUUUUGACCCAAUUCAUUUUUAUGCUUUCCCAUCGAUGGAGAACGUUCUGCCAUUUUAUUUCGAGCACUGAGGUGUUUGGGUGCUUCUGUUCAAAACGAACAAAGACUAAAGCGCAAAUAUUCCAAGAACACUUGAAGGAGAUUGAGCAUGAUUUGGAGGAAGAUGAAGAAGCAGGUGAGCCACCGGUUGAUCACAUGAAUGAGCCUGUUGUUAGUUAUGACGACUUUGAGUGUGAAACGGUCGCUGAUACGGCAUCAUCUUCAUCAAGUACACCAAACUCAAGGAAGUUCAAUAUUUAUCGUCACAGAAUACACACUGUUCGCAAAGAAAAGCAACAUAGACUGCCGAUUGACGCUAAUAUGUACCGCCGAGGCGGUGAUCAAGUUGAACGAUCUUUUUUAAGACCUGGCGUGAAAUACCCUAACAAUAAUUUUUACGAGGACAAAGACAAUAAGUGAUAAUAAACUCCGCAUUUAAAGAAACAACGGAAGUCACAUCAUAAGGCAAACAUGUUUUUCUGCAUUGAACUGUUUUCUUUUCCUUUAAAAGUAUGCCUCAUAAUAUAGCACUUAAAGAAUCUGCUAAAAACCUCGUGUUUAAAACUGUUUUGAUUUUGAUUUUGCUUCAUAUUCAUAUCUGAACAACAUCUGUAAAUGUGAAUAUGUUUGUAUUGUAUGUACGGUUUUAAUUAUUUGUAAGGUUCAUUAAAUAAAACAUGCACACAUUUCCAUUUUACAGUUGUUGCUUUUGAAAACACAAUGUCGAAUGAUAAAGAAUAGAUGAACAUUGUAAGACGAAUAGAAGUGUUAGUUUAGACUUUUCAGUACCAAU